AUGGAUAUGGACAAGCCCAUUUUUCCCGCUCCGCCUGGAUACACCGUUGAUGUUGAUAACCCGCAGCGAUCGGGCGAGGCUGCUAACUUCUGGAUUGGCACCCUGGGCAUGAUCAUCGCCGCCAUCUUUAUGGCUAUACGCGUCUACACGAAGACGAGGCUAGCGAAGAACUUCACAUCAGAUGAUAUCCAGUACGGCCGCGGCACACUCGGCGUCCACAUCUGGGAACUAACUGGCCACCGCGUCAAUUCCACCAUGAACGUAAGCACCGCCCAUCGACUCCUCCCCAACAAUCCCGACUAA